CUACGAACUUUCUAGCUGCCUUGAAAAAUCCAUUGGCACCAGAGAGGUCAAUCGGGAGGCUCUAGUAAUCACUGUAUCAAAGUAACUUCAACUCAAAAACACACUUGCAACAAUGGGUGCUACUCGUGCGCAAAAGCAGAUCUACUUCGUGAAGCUCAAGGAGCUCAUCACUCAGUACCCCUCCAUCUUCAUCGUCAAUGUCGACAACGUCGGUUCCAACCAGAUGCACCAGAUUCGAGUUGCCCUCCGUGGCAAAGGUGUCGUCCUCAUGGGCAAGAACACCAUGGUUCGCCGUGCCCUCCGCUCCGUCCUCGCUGAGCUCCCCCAGUUCGAGCGUCUCCUUCCCCACGUCCGCGGAAACGUCGGCUUCGUGUUCACCAGCAAGGAGCUCAAGGAUGUCCGUGACAUCAUCACCGCCAACAAGGUCGCUGCCCCUGCCCGUGCUGGCGCCUUCGCCCCCAAGGACGUCUUCGUCCCGGCUGGCAACACCGGCAUGGAGCCCGGCAAGACCUCUUUCUUCCAGGCCCUCGGUAUCCCCACGAAGAUCGCCCGUGGUACGAUUGAAAUCGUUUCCGACGUCCAGGUCGUCGUUGCUGGUACCCGUGUCGGUUCAUCCGAGGCGACCCUGCUCAACAUGUUGAACAUCUCGCCGUUCACCUACGGUAUGACGGUCGUCCAGAUCUUCGACAACGGCAACUCCUUCUCGCCCGAAGUCCUUGAUAUCGAAGAGGAUGAGCUCCUCGGUCGCUUCCUGUCGGGCAUCAAGACAAUCGCCGCUAUCUCACUCGCGAUCAACUAUCCGACCAUCGUCUCCGUUACGCAUACGCUCGUCAACUCGUACAAGAACCUCAUUGCCAUUGCUCUCACCACCGACUACAUGUUUGAGGGUGCUCAGAAGGCUAAGGAGUACUUGGAGAACCCCGAGGCGUUCGCCGCCGUUGCUGCCCCUGCUGCCGCUGCCGAUGCUCCCGCCGCUGAGGCCGCGAAGGAGGAGAAGGAGGAAGAAAAGGAGGAGUCUGACGAUGACAUGGGCUUCGGUCUGUUCGACUAAGCGCUUUCCCCAUGAUCUGUAUCGUAUAUUUGCCAAAUGCAUCGCUGUCGACAGACGUUGUGUUGCAACGAGGAUAGUAAACAUGAGUGCCUGCGCCGUGUGAGACGUGAUGUUGAGAUUGAAGGAAAUAAUCUGUGCGUAAUGUGCGCCGCUCCGAUUCCGCCAGUUGUAGUGGGGUUUCUGGGGAGAAAGUUCUCGGCCCCUCUGGACUAGGAUGUUCCGAGCUACUGUAUCCGACUGAAUGUGUUUAUCGAUGGGUGGUGCUCCUGACUAUUCUCAGUAUUAAU